AUGACUCCCGAUGGACGCCUUCCAAGUUUGACAAGUUCUCUUAGAAGCGAAACGAUCAACAACAAAGUCCGAAAAAAUCAACUUCCAGUGAAAAGCAAGCGACGUCGGACUACUUCGUUUUUCUCCAACUGGCAGCAGUACACGGAAGAAGAAAAGAACAGCUUCUGUCGUCUGAAUAACCGCUCUUUUUCCGAAUUCAAAAGAGCGCGCGACUCUGCCGCCAAACUCGCCCUCCACAAGAAGAAGAAGAAUCAAUGCCCGUUUUGCGAGAAAAGCUACCAACAGCUAGUCACCUUCAGGAGACACCUGGUCGCCCACUUCCACUGCACCCAGAGCAGCAAUCCCUGCAAUCAGCACUCGAAAGAACAAAAGCAACGCGAAUCCGAGGCAGAGCAAAAUCACAAUGAAAAGCCAAAGAUGCAGAAUAUCGCCACCACUAAGCGAACGCGCUACAUAUCUUUGAGAAACAGUGAGUUCUGCUGUCUCUUCUGCCACACCUGUUUCCCGAACACUGCCAUAGACGACAUCGAGCACCACUUAGCCAAGCAUUCUCGACUAGAAAACAUAACAAAAGAGCUGGAAGCUGUGAUCCGCACUAAAACAAUCCUUACCACCUCAACGUCUGCUGCGAAUUCGCCGAGUCCUACUUCUGGGUAA